GCCCUGUCUGGAGUAAGUGGCUUGACAAGCUAGCGUAAUAUUUCGUUGGUAGAUUUCAAUGCUAGACGGGGAAAACGGUGCCGCCGAUCCGUACAAUACAUUAAUUCACAGGCAACUUAUUUUUCAGACUGGGAAGGUUGCCCUCAGAAAUGGUAGCUAGCGACACGAUUGUCUAAAAAUUGACCCGCAGACUGCAACCGCGCCCGUCAGUCGAGACCCCCGGAUGUGCUGUGGACUGAAACGCUUUCAUUAGGUUAUUGUUAGUCAGCUGUUUCACAGGGACAACACCGCCAAUAUGAGUCCGGAAGGAAAGUCGCUUCUGAACAUCAUUAUCCUGGGCUUUGGCUUCAUGUUCAUGUUCACCGCCUUUCAAACUUGUGGCAAUAUCGAGCAAACAGUGAUAAAGAGUUUCAACAGCUCUGAAUUCCAUGGAAGUGGCUAUACCAGCAUGUCCAUCAUUUAUGGGGUGUUCUCCACCUCAAACCUGAUCGCCCCAUCGGUAGUGGCUGUGGUGGGACCCCAGCUCUCCAUGUUCUUCAGUGGACUUUUCUACAGUGGCUACAUCGCUAUGUUCAUCCACCCUUUCACCUGGUCCUUCUACACGGCCUCCGUGCUAGUCGGGAUAGCAGCUGCAGUGCUAUGGACUGCACAGGGGAACCUCCUGACGAUAAACUCCACAGACUCCACCAUUGGCAGGAACAGUGGGAUCUUCUGGGCUCUGCUACAGUUUAGUUUAUUCUUUGGAAACCUUUAUAUAUAUUUUGCCUGGCAUGGGAAAAUCCACAUAUCAGAUAAGGACCGGCAGACCGUCUUCAUCUCACUCACGGUCAUCAGCCUGGUUGGCAGCUUCCUGUUCUUCCUGAUACAGCGGCCGGAGCCAGAGUCCACGCCCUCCGAAGCGUCAGAGUCGCUGCUGCAGACGGAGACCUCAGAGAGCAGCUCUGUCGUUGUAGCACCACAGGGGCUGUGCACUCAAGCUCUGGAAGCUUUCAAGAAAGCCAUCCAGCUGUCCAUCACCAAGGAAAUGCUACUGCUGAGUAUCUCCAUAGCCUAUACAGGUCUGGAGCUGACCUUCUAUAGCGGGGUGUACGGGACAUGUAUUGGAGCAAUGACACUUUUUGGGGAAGAUGCCAAGAGUCUAAUAGGGCUGUCUGGUAUUUUUAUCGGCAUUGGAGAGAUCCUGGGAGGGGGCAUUUUCGGGAUGCUGAACAAGGUUAACCGGUUUGGCAGGAACCCCGUGGUGUUGCUGGGACUGUUGACACACUAUGUUGCUUUCUACCUGAUCUUCCUCAACAUCGCCAGCGAUGCCCCCAUUGCACCUGAGGAGGGAACCCACCUGCAGGCAUUCAUCACACCCAGUGUCCAGGUGGCGCUCCUGUGCAGCUUCCUGCUGGGUUUCGGUGACAGCUGUUUCAACACCCAGCUGCUGAGCAUAGUGGGGUACAUUUUUCGUGAGGACAGCGCACCAGCCUUCGCUGUCUUCAAAUUUAUCCAGUCCAUCAUGGCGGCCCUGGCCUUCCUCUACAGUAACUACCUGGUCCUGCACUGGCAGCUGCUGAUCAUGGUGGUUGUGGGCUUCCUGGGCACGCUCACCUUCUUCACAGCGGAGUGGGUGGUGAUGUGCCGGCGCCGGGACUCUGACUACGACAGCAUCUGAGCUGCGAGGGAGCCCUAGAGCGCCGCGGCGAGAGAAACAAUCG